UCCACGUAUCUCUCUAUAGCCGGAAUUAGUGUUUGGAGGUUUAGCGAGAAGGAACAGCAGCUUUGCCGGAGGCUGGAAGUCCUUUUGGAGUGGUUGCAACGGUCCUUGGCAGUCCCUGGGCACCCAGGUGACCUCGUGCGAGGCCAGGGUACCUUCAAGCUGCUAGGACAACCCGACGGCCAGGAAACACAUUUACACGCCCGACUCUCGCGAAGAUGAGUUCGGCAUCGACUGGUGGAACUGAGGGCUCUAGUCCAGCCUCUAGCCCUGCCUCGGCUACAAGUCUCACAAUGGCUGCUCCAAAGUAUGGUACGCUGGUACCAAACCGCAUCUUUGUAGGCGGUAUCUCCGCGAAUACCAGUGUAGAAGAACUUGCUCAACUUUUUUCCUCCUAUGGCAACGUAAAGGCUACAAAAAUAAUUGCAGAUCGCGCGGGGGUUUCCAAAGGUUAUGGAUUUGUUACAUUUGAAACCGAAGAAGAAGCUAAAAGACUUCAACAAGAGUCUGAAUGCAUUGUCUUGAGAGAGAGAAAAUUAAACAUCGCGCCAGCGAUUAAGAAGCAACCAUUUAAUAGAUCUUUUGAUGGUGGUUCUGGAUCUCCACCCUCUGUGCCUACUAGUACUUACUAUUAUCCGAGCGGAAUGGGGCUUGCGUAUCAAAAUGGGAUGGCAUUUUACAACACAUCAGCUCCUGCGCCAACGACACAAAUUGCUCCGCCAACCGAUCCGGCAGCACUUUAUCAGACCACAGGCGUGUUUGGACCCCAAGCAGCCGGUCAUCAAACUUUUGCGCCUGUGAUGUAUCCGUGUCCUGCUCCGUCUCUCUACAUGCCGCAGCAGUAUCCGUAUUCACCUAUCCCUUACGAGACGUAUUAUGCAGCAGGGGCAGCCGCUGCCGGCGCUCCCCAGUACUUGUACCCGACCAGCGGUUCGCAGAGCAACACCAGCGGCGGUAACAACAAUUCCGGAAGCGGCAACAACGGCACAGGGGCAUCCAGUCCACAGACAGGACCGCCACAGCCGCUUCCCUCGUUACCACCGCCGCCGCCCACGCAUUUUUACGCCCCUGCUGCCCCGCCGCCGCAUCAUCAUCAACCAGUACCUGCCGGUCCACCGCCGCAGCAGGUCGAUCAUCUUUACUAUCCGUUCGCGGCCGGCCACCAUCAACCACCGCCACAGCACGCGCCCAUGGGAAUGACCGAUCAGCAGUUGUUGCUUUACCCAGCGGACACCUCGUGCCAGCAAACGUCCUCGUCCGACGGUCAGACCGUUCCCCAGGAGGAUUCACGUUCGACAUCGAGCCACUCGGAGCAACCGCACGGUGACACACAACCUGGCACAGGGUCAGCGACACCUUUGGUCUCCUUAAUGCCCGUGAAAUUCCCAAUGUCUGGUCGUUACGGGAACUACCAUCCGAUCGCAAUACACGCCGCGAACAUGUACAAUUCACAGUCUUGUCUGAACGAGACCGAGGACUGCGGGACGGCGAAUCAGAUGCAGUGCCGGGCGAUCGUUUACCAUCCGGCGGCGGUUUAUAUUCCACACGCGCACACAACGCCGCAGUAUCACAACGCCACAGGUGGCGCUAGCUUGUUACCGACACCUGCCUCUGUCUCGCAGCAGAUAUACGACGCGUCUAGCAAAAGUCCGAGUUACAGUUCGGCCCGUGAAUACACGAAAUCGGGUCCUGCGAACGGGCAUAAUCAGACCGGUUACACGAAAGCGUCAUCGACCCAGAGCCACGGGUUCGCGUUGUCGCAUCAGGCCGCGACGUUCGUUAAAGCACAAAAUCUCGGUAACACGCAAUACAAGCAGCACACCAACAUGGAGACGGGUUACAAGUACACAUCGGCCGCGAUGGCGACUCGAUUCUCGAUGCCACACAAUCGACGAACGGCUGGCGGUACGACCGUGGGCUCACCGGCUUGUUACCUGACGCAAAAGACCGACGGCUACGGUCCACAAAGCCAGACUGGCGUGCAGAGGUCCGUUAAUUACCCGUCGAACGUCCAAUCGUACACUCCCGGUUACGCGAGCUCGCAAUCGAAAAUGUACACGAGCUUCGAGUACGCGAACGGCGGCCGUAGAAAUAAUCACUCGACGGACCAGUAUUUCGACAACAACACUGCGGUCCGAUCGAGCAAUUAUUCCGCACGGAAGAACAGCUAUCGCAGCAACAACGGUCAAACCGAGGGGAAUGUAUCUAGCGGUCGAUCUAACGAGAAUUACAAUAAUCCAAUCGAGGGGGAGGGUAAUAACGGUUCCCAGGGUGUACAUCAGGUGGUCACCGGUGAGACCAGUGGUAAUAAUACGGAGAAGCCGGUUAGCCCACCACCAGCCCCGUAUUCUCCCAUGACACGACCGCUUCCUACUUUGUCACCGCCCACCUCCUCCCAGGUCUCGACGUUCUGUGCCCCGGCGCAAAACCGUUAUCAGCCAUCCUUAGCCCCGUCCCAGCACCAGCAACAGCAGUCCAGCCAGCAACGACGAUACAGCAUCGCUCCAUCGACGACAUUGUCGACGGGUGGUCGGAAGCCAGCAGAGAAAUACACCAGUUCCGGGUCGACGCAGAGCAGCAGCAGCAGUUCGAUACUCAGGCAGAACAAGUACAAGGUGAACGGGAUCAUGCAGACGGGCGGUAAGGUGUCUGAAGACAGUCUUGGUGGCGCUGGUGACGCUCCGCCAGGGGUCGGAAGAAUGCCGAUCACGCCACCUGGGACACCGAGGGCUCAUCCAGGACAUCCAGCGGGGGAUCAGAAUCAGCUGAGCGACACGUGCCAUCAGAUGCAAGCGCUGACCCUUUGAGAACGCUUCCCCCAUCCCCCCUUCCCCC